UCCAUUGUCUUUUUUAUGAGAGUGAUAUCCGCGACUCUCCUUAUUUUUCCCACAAAAGUCCUACAGGUUCACAAUCCACCAUGUCGGAGGAGCAAGAAAUAAUGUGCAAGCUGGAAAACAUCAAAGAAAUACGAAAUAAAACUGUUCAGAUGGAGAAGAUCAAAUCUCGACUCAGGAGUGAGUUUGAAGCUCUGGAAUCGGAGGAGAAACAUCUCAGAGAGUACAAGCAGGAGAUGGAUCUUUUGCUGCAGGAGAAAAUGGCUCACGUGGAGGAGCUGCGACUCAUACAUGCUGAUAUUAACGUGAUGGAAAACACAAUCAAACAGUCUGAGAGUGACUUGAACAAACUGCUGGAGUCAACCAGACGUCUCCACGAUGAAUACAAACCCCUAAAAGAACACGUGGAUGCCCUGAGGAUGACCCUCGGCUUACAGAGACUCCCUGACCUCAGCCAGGAAGAAGAGAAGCUGUCUUUGGACUACUUUGAAAAGCAAAAGGCAGAGUGGCAGACGGAACCCCAGGAGCCUCCCAUCCCAGAAUCCCUUGCAGCUGCGGCGGCUGCAGCCCAGCAGCUUCAGGCUGCACGGAAACAGGACGCCAGGCAGACAGCGACCUUCCGUCAGCAGCCUCCACCUAUGAAGGCUUGUCUGUCCUGCCAUCAACAAAUCCAUCGGAAUGCACCGAUCUGUCCUCUGUGCAAAGCCAAAAGUCGCUCGCGCAAUCCCAAAAAACCCAAGAGAAAACCAGACGAGUAACACACACACGCGCAGCUCCAAAACCCAAUGUAGGAAUAACAUACAUGCGACCCCAACAGAGAGCAGUUUACUCGCAUAUUUAUCUGCAUAAACACACACAUUCACGUUUGAACUUUACUAAACACAAGCUCAAAGGAGGCCAGUCACCAAAAUACUGGAUGCCAGUAUCUGCAAAUUAACAAAUAAACACACACGUUCUGAUCAAAUAGACCAAUCUGCAGUCUAAUAACUUGACCUUUCAUAGUGAUACUCAUCCUGUAGUUAGUCUUCCUGCUUCAGUGGAUCUCAAUUUUUCAUUUCAUUUUUAUAUAAGUGAAACUUUGGUAUUGUGUUUGUACUGUGUCUGUAUUUAGUACGUAGUUGAAAUGGAUGCUGGUUUAGAAAUAUCGAAGCGUACCAUUCUCUGUGGGGUUUAAUUAUAGUGCAUUAGUUUGAACUAAAUUGUCUGAUGGCUUUAGUCAAUAGAGCAGUUUGUACGGUAUUCAGUUAAUGCUUAAACUGAUCUUUAAUAUUUUUUUAUUAAUAAUGGUAUGAUUUUCACGAUUUAAUGCUAUUCAGUGUUGUUUCUCAUGAUCAAAGUGCAAAUAGUUUUUCUUGUGUUGUGUAACCAUGGCCUGUUCCUGACCACCUCAGUGUUCUGUAUCGUCUUAAGGACCAUUCACGCGUAACGUUUUCUAGCGUUCGCAAUGGAAUGGAAAAUGAUGCUUGGGUUUUUAACUUGCUUGUCUUAAAAGCAUGUUGCAAAUGGUGCAAGAUGAAACGGUGCAUGACCAAAACAUGUGUCUACUACAUUACCUUACUAUGAAAAUAGCACUCGCAAACAAAAUAAUAACGCAAGAAUAUGUUCUGUGUGAACUGCCCUUUAGAUGUACAAAAAGUUGAUUGAGAGUUUUUGUUAAAGCAUCAUUCAGUUGUGUAAGCUGUUAUUUUGGCAAAGCUGAAAGUCCUGAGAUAUGAGUGAAGGAACAUUAAUGUUAGAUUCUUUGGUAUUGAAUCAUUGUGUUUAUGUCUCAUCUUUUCUGAGAUUCAGUUUUUUUAUAUAAUUAAAACCUGUGAAACUAAUAAACUGUGGAACUCUU